AUGAAGGAAGAAACAACACUUUUCACAAGUCCACUGACGCAACAUGAACUGGUAGACAAAUUGGGUUGUUCAGAAGCUUACUGUACACCAUGCGGCGCCUGUAAACAGAAAUAUAUUGUCGAAACCGUAAGAGAAAUUAGAAAAAGGAUCAAGAAACAUGAAACCGAAAGAUCUGAAUUGGCGGAGCAUAUCGCACAGACUGGACACGAGAUGAAUUGGAGGGCAACAGAAAGAACGGCCUCAUACGAUGACAACACAAAGAAGCGGAAUCUAAUCAAGGAGACGACCCGUGAAUUGUUCUAUCUGCAAGCAUGUGAAUCACAGUCUAGGCGCUCUGAUCGGUGA